UGAUCGCUGGCUGGGGCCUAAUAGCCUGUGUGCCGUGCGGUCUAGAAAUGAGAAGCACAGGCUAAAAGAGUCUCGACAACGAAGAAUCGUUAAGAAGCUCAGGGAGCUCGCAGUAAGUAAGCCAGGAUCCUUCGUUGCGAAAUUGUAGUCCAAUAAGUAUGCCACUGACCGGGCGAUAAAGUUGUGAGAACUUUCACCGCAGAUGCCAACGUCUGGAACUGUUUCUCAGUGCAAACCGUUGCAUGUGGAUCUACAGAGAUUAUAGAAGACGAAAGGGGAAAAGUAAAAGGUGACCAAGCGAUUAGAAGCCGACUAGUUCAUCACUCUGAUCUCUGAUUUCUUCGGGAUACAAUCCGUCUCUGCUAUUGACAGCACCUUCGGUUCUGCUCUUGUUCUGAGUCGAAUCUACAUUGAAACAUGGGGGACAUGAAGCAUCAGAACAGUGUGCUUGCUGCAAUAAUGGAAAAAGAAAAGAGGAAAGUGAUGAUCAAAAGCGUGUUUUUGAAGAUAGAAGACAUCGACACAAUACAGGAGACUUUCAGUGGACUUGUCUUCGUCAAGGCACGCUGGCGUGAGCCCUUGCUGGACAGUUCUACCUCCAGGGACUUGUCUCUACUCAUCACAUCCAACCACCAAGAAAAUGAGGUCGACUUGGAAGAGGAUCAAGAAGAUAUCAGCAAUGUCGUCACUCAAAGUUUUGUGGACGAAUCUGAAUGGCACCUCAAGAAAUUUGUGCAAUGUGAACCAAGAGACCGUUAUAUCCUGGGCUCCAUGAUAUUCCUGUUCCUGGUGGCAGUCUGGCACGGCGUCAUCACAAGACUGGACCACAACGCUUCUGACGAGAUAGACAUGUACGCCUUUAUCGCCUUCAUCAUAUUGUAUGUGGUACUUCACGUCGUAUUCCUCGUCGCCAUGAUGAUUCGGGGUUUCAGCAGACGCCGCGACGUUCACAAAAGGGAACAAGAGUAUUUGAAACGUCUUGCUGCGGCCGGGACUGCCAUGCCCCCGACAACACGAAGGAAAAGACGCCCGUUCUUACACCGCCAGUCGCGGAUCGGGAUGAACGCCUGAGACUGAGUGAUGACCGUUCUUUUCUUCUUUUCUUUUUCUGUCCCUUUCUCGCAUAAUUCUUAGUGCAAUCUUGUUUCGUUUUGUUUUUUAAUUCUGUUAUUAAAGACACUGUUACUGUACAAUCGUAAUCAA